CUAUUACUCAGCUAUGAUCCCAGGAUAAGACCUAAUUUCAAAGGAAUUCCAGUCGAUGUGGCGGUCAAUAUCUUCAUUAACAGCUUUGGGUCAAUUCAGGAGACAACUAUGGUUGUCAUAACUUUUAGGAUCUGUUGUGGGUGAAAGGUAGAUGACUGCAAAAUGAACAUACAUGCGAAGAUCUCAAGCAUUUAUGUAGAAAAGCACUAUCUGAUAUUUUGGGACUUGAAGGUCUUUUUACAAUGACUUCUCCAAUAAAUACUGUGAAGAAUAUUGGGGGAAAAACAAACAAACCACAUUUCAUUAUUGAAGGUAUUAUGAGGCAGGCUAGGUUUUUCUGUUGUUUAAAAAACAAAGGAGAGUACAGUUUGUUUUGUCAGUAUGUGAGAAGCCACAGCCAGGGCAUAUACUCAGGCUCUGGGGUCCCAAGGCAGUCCCACACCGUCCACUGAAGAAAUGGGUGCAGUGCUCUGCUGUGUCCAUUGCAUGGGGGCAGUUCCUCAGAUCUGGUUGCUUGUCUACUCCUGUGGCUAAGGCAAUAUUCCUCGUCCCAAUGGCAGAGAAAUAAUAAACUAUAAUGCAGCUAAUAAAUAAUAAAACACCUUUUAUUGCACAUCCAAGCCAGUACCUGCUUAAAAUUCAGAGCCAGCUCAUGUGUUACCUUUAAUGACAUUUCAGUGAGUUGCUCAAGGUUAAACAGAUGCAAUGGCUGAAGUAACUUUUUUUUUUGAGCAGCUUGGCCAUUUCAUCCUUUCAUUGCUAGGAGUGAAUAAAGGAUUUAGAUCUGAUUGGAAAUGAUAGUAAGUCAGCUAAUGGUAUUAGCAGGAAGUGAUAUUAAAACAAAGAAUGUAAGAUGAAGAUAUUUUGAGAUUUAUUUCUUGAAAACAGCAAGAGGACUGCAGUUUAAAGGAGCAGGCAGGAAAAGCAGGAAAGUAGGAGUGAAAUGAGUAUCUAAAAUGGCAGGUAUAUUAAGCCAGAUGGCCCUUUCAAGUUCUUGAAAUUUAUUACAUGCUUUAAAAAGUGACUUUUACAGAGGCUUUUUUUUUACAAUUAACCAUAUCCUAAUAGUAACAGAACAUGAACGUAAGGCCUGUGUGUCUCUCCAAAAAAUAAAGUAUCCUCUCUACAGCAAUGCAUAUAGGCCUGCCUGUGAAUUCCUGUCCAGUCAUUCACAGAUUUUACUUGCAUGUUGCAUAAGGUAGUCAUGCUCUCCUACAUAUUUUAGAGCUUCAGAAACCACCCUCAUUUUAUGCUUUUAUUUAGAUUUUUGUGUCCAGCCAAUCGCUGUGAUGCCUUGGUUCACAAGGGCUGAACUUCAUAUUUCCCUUCCUUAUCUCAUGUAAUAAUAAUGUUUCUCCAUCAUCUGAGUUUGAUGGGGAGUCUCACACAUCAAGGGAAUGACUCAUUCCGCGAAAGACUACAUGCUUGGACAAGCUGCACAGUCUGUUUCAGCUGAAAACAAGAGGAUCCUAACAUGAAAGUCAAUAUAUCAAAGCAGAGAUGGAGCAGGACACAGAGGAUUACAGAGUGAACAUCUUCCUAAGACAGAAGUGGAAUGACCCCAGACUCAAACUGCCCAACGACUGGAGGGGUUCAGACACUCUGACAGUGGACCCAACAAUGUUUAAAUGUCUUUGGAAACCAGACUUGUUCUUUGCAAAUGAAAAAAAUGCGAAUUUCCAUGAUGUCACUCAAGAAAAUAUCCUUCUGUUUAUAUUUCGGGAUGGAGAUGUCCUAGUCAGCAUGAGAUUGUCUAUUACUCUGUCAUGCCCUUUGGACUUGACCUUAUUUCCUAUGGAUACACAGCGCUGCAAGAUGCAAUUGGAAAGCUUUGGUUACACAACUGAUGACUUACGCUUUAUCUGGCAAUCUGGAGAUCCUGUACAGUUAGAGAAAAUUGCUCUGCCUCAGUUUGAUAUUAAAAAGGAGGAUAUUGAAUAUGGUAACUGUACCAAGUACUACAAAGGCACAGGUUAUUACACUUGUGUAGAAGUAAUCUUCACUUUACGAAGACAAGUUGGAUUUUACAUGAUGGGUGUUUAUGCUCCUACACUGCUAAUUGUUGUUCUGUCCUGGCUAUCAUUUUGGAUCAAUCCUGAUGCAAGUGCUGCAAGAGUCCCACUGGGUAUUUUCUCAGUGCUCAGCUUGGCAUCUGAAUGUACUACUCUUGCUGCUGAACUUCCCAAAGUGUCUUAUGUGAAGGCCUUAGAUGUGUGGCUGAUUGUUUGCCUCCUCUUUGGGUUUGCAUCAUUGGUCGAGUAUGCAGUGGUUCAGGUAAUGCUAAACAACCCAAAGAGAAUUGAAGCUGAAAAAGCCAAGAUUGCCAAGGCAGAACAAGCUGAAGGAAAGGGUGGAAACGCUGCCAAGAAGAACACUGUGAAUGGCACAGGGACUCCUGUCCACAUCAGCACUUUACAGGUUGGUGAGACCAGAUGCAAAAAAGUUUGCACUUCGAAAUCUGAUCUGAGAUCCAACGAUUUCAGCAUUGUUGGAAGCUUGCCAAGAGAUUUUGAGUUAUCAAAUUAUGACUGUUACGGGAAGCCCAUUGAAGUCAACAAUGGGCUCGGAAAGUCUCAAGCCAAGAGCAACAAGAAGCCUCCUCCUCCCAAGCCUGUCAUUCCAUCAGCAGCAAAGAGAAUUGAUCUUUACGCGAGAGCACUGUUUCCUUUUUGCUUCUUGUUCUUCAACGUCAUAUAUUGGUCCAUAUAUUUAUGAUGAAUCUUUUAUUUAUUUUUUUCACCUGUAAAAUAUAUCCCAUUUCAUGUCCCUUCCCUGUCAUGAAGGCCGACGUGUGAAAUUAUUUGCGUUUGCAAAGCAAUAUGUUGCAUUUUGAUGCCAUGCGAUUGUACUGAAAAUAUGGCAUCUGAAAUUUGAAAGCAUGACACUGCAAUGUCUGUGCUUCUACCAAUGUUGUAUAUAAAUGUACAGCAUACAUCUUGCUUUAGGAACAUAUAAAAGAUAAUGCAUACGACAUUAUAAAGCUGAAUAACUCCCUUCAGUUACUAGUAACAUACAGAGAUUUAAAGUGUUUCUGAUAAUGAAACUGAUGUGCACGUUGAGUAUUAUUAAAAUCAGUAUUCUAGUAUAUGUAGUAUUUAAAAGCUUUUCUGCUGACUUUCAGAGAAAAAAAAAAAACACAUCUUGUUAUUGUAUAAUUUUAGAUGGCACUGGUGAAGAAAAAGCUAAGUUGUGAAUCCUGUUAUUUAGAUGUCGUAAGUGAAGGCAGGAUUGAAUAAGCUGAUCUUGUCUAUGUGGAAAAAUGAAGGUCAGAUUGAUUUUGUAAUCAAAAUCAGCAGUUUUGUAAAAUUUAGGGGGAAAAAAAAAAGCAAUUGCAUCCAUCAAGCAAGCACACUUCAAGAAUGUGUUAGAAUAUGCUGACUAUUAAGCAUUGUGCCCAAUUUUGACUCUUAUUUCCUUAGACACAAGCUAGAUGUGUUGAACAGUCUUCUUUCUAGGCUGAAGGUAUCAGGAGUUUUGGAGAAACACCACAAGAUGCUGUUCAGUAUCUAUUAUACAUUUUUACAUUGGUCUGUUCUCUGGCUCAUCUUCUCCAGUGUCUUGCAAGCCUACAGCGAAAAGUCACAAUUAAUUUUUUUGUUGAAUCUGAUAUGUCUUACUCAUUUUGCUUUGUUUAUCCUCUUGAAAGCCCGUGGUUUAAAGAAACUAUUUGUUUUCAUGAUGAAAUCCCUUUUUAACUCUAGUUACACAUUUUCUGUUUGCCUUUUGUAGCACAGAUGAUCUGAGCUAACAUCUAGCUAGCUAGAAGUCCAAGGAUCUAAGUCUAUUAAACACACAUGAAUUCUUACGCUUGUUUGUUAAUUGAUGACUGCUCUCCCCAGUUCAUUUACUUGGCUGCUACUUGUUGGAAAAUAGGAUCCUGUGCUUGAAACAGUUUGAUUAGGGGCUGUUCUCCAUUUAUUUUUUUUUUUUUCCAGAGAAAACCAGAAAAAUGGAUUCCCCAGGGUGCAUAGGGCAGGAAUCUGUACCUAUGGUCUCCAUUGGUGCCACAGUAUACUACUCUGUAAGAGCAAGUAAUGAGGUAAAAUACAUUCAAAUGAAGGCUGCUUGUAUGUAAGCAGUCCAAGUAGUGUAUGUUUCCUGAGAGCACACAGAGACUACAUCUUCAGCUCUUGACAAUAUACUGUAGAGAAACAUGUUUCCACUUGUAAAACUGGGGCAUAAAAAAAUGUAGUUAAAAUAUGAAAGUAAGACAGUUCUUGAUAGGUUGGCAAAUCGUUAAAGGGAAUAUAGAUUGUUGGAAAGGGUUGGAUUAAAUACCCAAAAUAUUCCAUAAGGUAAAAAAAACAUAAAUUCACAUUUGUCAUGCUGCAGUUCUAUUAUAGAAUGUGUUGAGCCAGAGGGAGACAAAGGACUCCUAUCAUUCUCGUGUUGCUCCCUGCCACGAGAGCAUUGUGGAUGUACAAUGAGCCUGUAUAACCAGAAGGUUGAAAGUGGAAAUAUAAAAGGAGA